GACCCUUCCGACCCCAAUCAACAUGGCUGGCAGUGAGUUUGCUUCCUCGUCCUUCAAUGCUACAUACGGUAAUGGAUCAAUGGGUGAGGAUCCCUACUUGGAAGCUCCACUCAAGCAGAUCCUCAUCACAGUCUUCGUGGUGAUCUUUGCUCUCAGCUUAUUCGGCAACUUCCUCGUCGUCUUCGUCAUCGCUAGGAACAAAAGCAUGCACACGGUGACCAACUUCUUCUUAGCCAACCUCGCCUUCGCCGAUCUCUUGGUGGCUGUCUUCUGCGUGAUUCCGCAGCUCCUGUGGUAUGUCCUUGAAAGCUGGCCUCUAGGCUUGCUGAUCUGUCGUCUUCACAAGUACAUGACCAGCGCUGCCACAACGGCUUCGAUCUUGAUCCUGACGGUGAUCUCUGUCGAGCGAUACAUCGCUAUUCUUCACCCCCUUGAGACGAGAAGGGUCUUGACGUCACGACGUCUGACCAUUACCGUCAUGCUUGUAUGGAUGCUUAGCGCGGUUGUGAACAUCCCGGUUGCGCUCUUCUACAAUCUCCUGCACUAUGGCGACAAUAAGUAUUGCACUCCGAGUACCUUGUCCGAAGGUGUGGCCCGUGUUCACUCCAUCUUAUUCUGUGUAUUCUUCUACACCAUCCCGCUACUUAUUAUGGCCGUGCUGUACGGCAUUAUCUCCAGGAAGCUUUGGACAACCAGCACUGGAAAGCGAGUCUUCACUAGCGGCGAGGACAGCGGCUUUCAGCGAGGUAAGGGCUCUCGAUUCACUAGCCGUAUCACAGGUCGCUUUUCAAAGGCGAAAGCCCACGCGUCUAACCAUUCCAGUACGAGCAACGCUGCAGCAAACAUCUACCGUCCUGACAAUGACACAGAAGGCACCGUUGUCUUGGAGAUAACGAAGGACUGUAACAAAAAGGAUGGCAAUGUCAAAUCAAAAUUAGAAGAAGUCAGCACUGAACCUCCUAAAAAUCAAAAGAUAGGUCCUUUCUUUGUCCAUGAGCCAACUGAUGAUCUUGAAUCAACUCCAGGAACUGAGAUGGAAGUGAAAGUGCCGUUGACUGCAAACGAAGGCAACAAUAAUUCAAACGGUAAGAAGGAUGAUACUACCAACAUAUCUGCAGUGUCGGGUUCAAAGCGUACAGGUCGUAAAGCACCCGACCCGAAACUAACGCGUAAUCAAUCGAGUAUGUCCGUCGGGAAGGACCGUUCCAGCAAGCGAGCGAACGACGAGAUCUCUAGCGGACGUUCUCGAGGCAAAGGACGCAGCAACGUCAUGGCGGCGAGGAAAAAAGUCAUCCGUCUUCUUGUCUUUAUCGUCGUCUCAUUCGCCCUUUGCCUUUUCCCGGUCCAGUUACAGACUUUCUGGCAGGCCUUUGGUCACAGCACUUUCCUCAGCAGUCAGGGCGGUAUCUACUUCCUGCCCUUCUCACAGGCACUUUAUUUUUUCAACAGCGCCCUCAACCCGUUCCUCUACGCGUUCUUCUCGGACAAUUUCCGCGCGAAGUUCAAGCAGACGUUGAAGCUGGGCGUACAGAGUAACCGCGCUAGCAUGGUCUCCAGAUCCGCCCUUCAGCGGCUACCGAGUAUGACAUCUUACGCUCAAACCGAAACCGUUUAUGUAUCUACAUGAGAGCACAGAAUCCGACAAAAGAUGUGCUUUGGUUGAUCCUACGGUAUUGAUUGUGUAUUGAACAGAACGACUUGUUUUCUACGAAUAGGCAAGCGGGCGAAGAACAACACUGCUAAAACGUAUUCAUUAAAUACACGUCCAUUUUCUGAAGUUUUCAUUUGAUUCGGAUCGAAAUUUUAUUGUCAAUGAAAAGUAUCCGGUGGAUGAGAUGCAAACAGUUUGAUACGUAUCCGAAGUGCAAUGGCUUUAUAAUCACGAUGCAUCUCGGAAUAGUUAUAUUGUCGAACAGAUGUUGACAUUCGGAAAUAUUUUCGCUAUCGACCAUUAUUGUUGUUUAGAAAUACUUUAUUGGAUACCCCAACAAAUUGUAUUUGAAUCAAACAACUCCGACGAACGAUGUUCUUGCUUGUAGGAAGGAUAUUGAUCGCUGAAAAGACUCAAUUUACAACUAUCCGGAAUAGUUUUUAUGAAAGCUCUUCAUGCUCUUAAAGAUUAUUGGAAUUCCUUUUCGUGGUAGGCCUAUGUAGUCAUUAAGAAAACCUGUGUACAAAUAUGUUAUCAUUAUAAGAAAUGAUAAGAUUCAUUUUUAUAUGAAUGGUGCUGUCUAACAGCGUAUUUUUUUUUUUAGAAACGCCAUGUCUAAAACCAUUGGCUAUCGAAUUUGCUGUUUUGUUCAAAUGAGUACAUGUACAAAACAUUCAGAAGAACACUAUUUUGGGCGAUAGAUGCCUCCUUUGUUUAGAGAGCAUUUUGCGACUCAAUCUUUAUUUACAGACCAGGGCGUCGUUGCACAAAACCGUUAUAAGUACAUGUUCGCAGACGAUCCUUUGAAACGCGUGUAUUACGUUUAGCACGUGCUUCAACGGGAUAUCGAUGAACUUGUACUUUUGACGGUCUCUUUCAAAGACGUUAUGACGUAAUGUACACUGUUGCUUUGCCACUGAAACAUGACCGUUCGCAUGUCCCAAACAGAAAAAAAUCCUCUGUGUGACCAUGCCUUGAACCAUAUAAAUGCAUGGCCAUACAGUGGCAAAGCAAUGGACUUGUAACUGUAAGGCCCCGAUAUCAAAACCGUGUCGAUGUGCUAUAUGAGUGCCCUUUUGUGAGGCUUA